GAGCCGGGCUCCGCCUUCCUGCAGCUGGGCGUGUCCCUGGAGCAGCAGCUGCAGGUGCUGUUCAAGGUGCUGGAGGAGUACGACUGGAGCGCGUUCGCCGUGAUCACCAGCCUGCACCCGGGGCACGCGCUCUUCCUGGACGGGGUGCGCGCCGUCGCCGACGCCAGCUACCUGAGCUGGCGGCUGCUGGACGUGCUCACGCUGGAGCUGGGCCCGGGCGGGCAGCGCGCGCACAUCCAGCACCUGCUGCGCCAGGUCGACGCCCCGGUGCUGGUGGCCUACUGCUCGCGCGAGGAGGCCGAGGUGCUUUUCGCCGAGGCGGCGCAGGCCGGUCUGGUGGGGCCCGGACACGUGUGGCUGGUGCCCAGCCUGGCGCUGGGCAGCACCGACACGCCCCCCGCCGCCUUCCCCGUGGGCCUCAUCAGCGUCGUCACCGAGAGCUGGCGCCUCAGCCUCCGCCAGAAGGUCCGCGACGGCGUGGCCAUCCUGGCCCUGGGCGCCCACGGCUAUCAGCGGCAGCAUGGUGCCCUGCCCUCGCCGGCUGGGGACUGCCGUGGCCACCCCGGGCCUGUCAGCCCCGCCCAGGAGGCCUUCUACAGGCACCUACUGAAUGUCACCUGGGAGGGCCGAGACUUCUCCUUCAGCCCUGGUGGGUACCUGGUCCAGCCCACCAUGGUUGUGAUCGCCCUCAACCGUCACCGCCUCUGGGAGAUGGUGGGGCGCUGGGACCACGGCGUCCUCCACAUGAAGUACCCGGUGUGGCCUCGCUAUGGUGCGUCUCUACAGCCUGUUAUGGACAGCCGGCACGUGACGGUGGCCACGCUCGAAGAGCGGCCCUUUGUCAUCGUGGAGAGCCCCGACCCCGGCACGGGCGGCUGCGUGCCCAACACCGUGCCUUGCCGCAGGCAGAACAACCACACCUUCAGGUUCCUGACGGUGGCAAAUCCAGGGGCAGCGUCCAUGCGUGUCCUACUGGAAUUGUGCUCUGGGGCAGCCGGCGGUGUUCCCGAGAGUCCCCACAUCCUGUCAAGUCACUGCGGCUGCUGA